AUUUCUUCUCAACAUGGCUCUUUCAAAGCAAGUAAGUGAAUUUUCAACCUUAAGUCGAAUCUACUCUGGCAAUAAGGACAAACGUAGCCGCAUUUCAUAGCAUACUACCAGACAACUCCCUAAUUGCAUUCCCCAAACUCACUUAAUGCAAGAAAGACAAAGCUGUAUUGUUUUAUGUUACGCCUGCCCUUUUCUAAUAUUUAUGGAAGAGAGUUUUCAACUCUAAGCUAAGAUUUUGAGGAAGUUGAAUCUACUUUGGCAAAUGUUAACGUAGCAGCAUUUCAUAGCAUACUACCAUGCUACACCCCAGCGGUAGUUAUAAAACAUUUCCAUAAUGCCAACAAUCAGAUAUUGGAUGAAAGAUCAGGCUGUGUAAUUUUCCGAACUUUUUUUUACAAAGGAAGCUUAGAACAUAGAACAAUUUCUUUCUUUCGUUUGGAAUAAAACUCUAAGAUUAAUAAUCACGCAGAACAGCAAAAAAGAGGUUAAAAAUCUCAAAACAGACUGAGACAAACCUCAUCCUUCCAGUCCUAAAAUCACUAUAGUAUAAUUCUGUCCCGACAAAAAGCUUUAAGUUUGUAGUGGAUAUAAUACUUUACUCAAAGUUAACUUUAUCGAUUAGUGAAAUCUGAUGCAACUUGAAAUAGUUGCAAUUUGCAAUUUUGCAAUUUAGUCGUGCUAUAGGUUAUGGUUUUUUGAUUCUCGCGUAAAAUAAAACAAAAAUCUUCAAAAUUAUUAAUUGGCGAACGUGAUAUAAAUGUUGAAUCGAAAAUCAAUUGAUUUUUUUUUUAGAGUGCUUUUACUAAACCCGUGAAACAGUGUGAGUCACAAUUAGUGCCAAAUAGUUACAGGUAAACAAAGAAAAACAAUACAAUUAGAGGGUAUUAUAGUUCGUAGUAGUCUAUCUAUUUCACGGCUUAAGUAAAAUCAUUCUAGAUGGAUACUCUCUGAAUAGCUUUGCUUUUGCACCUAUAUUUGGAAUUUUACAAACCUGAACGGUGUCAAGCUUCCUAAUCUUUAAUUAACUUUGCAAGCCACACUUGCGUUUAUGCGAAUUUAUUUUGGUGUACUUUUUAAUGCAGGUUAUCAAAGAUGACAUGGCGAUGACAUACCACAUGGAAGGAUCUGUCGAUGGGCAUUUCUUUACAAUCGAGGGUGAAGGCAGCGGGAAACCGUACGAGUAAGUCGAUCAAUACAACUCCCUUCAUCUUUAGGUCAUGUACAUGUUAAGUGCAAUAGCUCUUCACUGUUAUCAGUCGGAGAACGAGAUUUCUAACACAGAAAGCUCAGAAACAAUUCGAGCUCCAGGUGAGAAUCGAACUCACGACCCUCUGAGUUCUAGUUCGGAUGCUCUUGAACCACCGAGCCACUGGAGGCUCUAUUAACCCUUUACUAGGCCCUGAGAUCAAAAUUUGAAUUCUCAUUUGUUGCCCUUAUUCAUUUCUAACAGAGGUAGUAAGGAGAAAUUGAUAAAAUAUCAAGCAAAUUCAUCUUGUAUGAUCAUUUCCGUGAUUCGCAUGACCGUGUCCGUUUUACAAAGCAUUGAUAUUACAAGCAGAAAUUUGAUGCUGAUCACUGUUAGCGCGUAUUGGUUGAAGGCGCGAGCAGGGUUGAUAUUUAAUUAUAACUACACCAGUCAUUAAGUUCAUUUAAGAGAAUAAAGCUAGUCAUCAACUUGGGAAUAUUUUUACGUUGCAAAGUCAAAUUCUCAAAUUAUUUUAAAUCAGCUGUACUGAGUAUAAAGCGAAAGAUUAUGAAAACUCGAUCAUGCCAAAAAAGUAUUAUGGCCUUUGGUGCAAUAGAAAGUUCUAUGAAGUGAAAGUGGUUUUACUGAUCAUCACCAGAAAUUAAUAACGACUUUCCUUUGAAUGGUAAAUUUGACACGGAUAUGAUGAAACACGUUGGUAUUUAGCAAUAGGCGACGACGAUCGUUAAUUUUUUGCUGAUACUAUCAGGAUCAAACGUCAUUUAUAUCAUCAUGAUACUAUUAUCUCAACGGUGAUUCUGCCACAGUGAUGACCUGACCGUUUAUUUCCGGACGGAUUAGUUUUUUUUUUUUUUUUCUGAAAAGGAAACAAAUGAAAACUUAUUACAUUAAAAUAAACCUUUUCAACAGUGUUAAAUGCUUUGGGGUGUAGUUAAGUAUUAUGAAAGAGGUAUUUUUUCGCAAUAGGACUUGCCAAUAAUAAACCCUUGUCGACUGGCGCGAAUUAGCAUUGGAGAAACGAAAUGAAACUAAAGUAUAUAGCAGGCUGUCCUAAACCUUUCCCGCUAUUUAGUUAAAUUACACUGGUAAAUGGGCAGUGUUUAGCCUAGUUCUCAAAAGGCUCCUCUCUGCUUUUCAUAUUUUGUUUAAUUCGUUUUUGUGUUUGUUGUUUUCAUUUUUUGUAGAGGAAAACAGACUUUAAAACUGCGAGUAACCAAGGGUGGACCCUCCCAUUCUCCUUUGACAUAUUGUCAUCUGUGUUUUGCUAUGGUAACAGAGCCUUCACUGAUUAUCCUAAAGGAAUCGUUGACUAUUUCAAGCCAUCAUUUCCUGAUGGAUACACGUGGGAACAAAGUCUUCAGUUUGAAGAUGGCGGAUCUUGCAUAGCCAAUGUGGAUAUAAGGUAUAAAUUUACUAAUUUUACGAUCAAAGACGCUUAAAAUUUAAAUUAACUAAUUAAUUAUAAAAAUAUAACAAUAUUGAUAACAAUAAUAAUAAAAAUAAUACAAAAAUAAAUUUUGUUACUGUCUCAUAAGUUCCUUUUACUUCGAUAGCCUUGACAGUAAACGCAAUUGCUUUAUCCACAAGUCCACUUUCACUGGGAUGAAUUUUCCUGCUGAUGGACCAGUGAUGCAAAAAGAACAACUAAUUGGGAGCCUUCCGUCGAGAAAAUGA